CCUUAUCCGUACUUUGUUACGGGGUUAGACCUCGAUGGUUACUUCUGGGACGAGUCACGACAUCGUUAUGAGGGAGAACCGACAUGAAUGCGACGAAAGGAGGAGUGUCGAGUGUGUGUGUGUGUGAACCACUUCCUCCGGAUAGGCCCUUGUGGUUCCCCGGUAGCUCUCCUCCCGAAUGCUGGAUGGCAGCCUUCCCGGAGAUUUUGGCUUCGACCCACUCGGAUUAGGUUUCGAUCCGAAAACACUAAAAUGGUUCGCACAAGCCGAGCUAAUGCAUGCGAGGUGGGCGAUGCUAGCGGUGUCCGGUAUCCUCAUACCCGCACUCCUUGAAUCGCUCGGUUUCAUCGACAACUUCUCGUGGUUCGAUGCCAGUGACCGAAACUACUUCACGGAUCCCACGACCUUGUUUGUGGUUCAAAUGGCACUGAUGGGAUGGGUCGAAGGCCGAAGGUGGGCCGACAUGCUGAAGCCCGAGAGUGUCAACAUCGACCCCAAACUUUCCAACAGGAAGAACCCGACUCCCGACGUCAGUUACCCCAGCGGAUUAUGGUUCGACCCGUUUAUGUGGGGACAAGGGUCGCCGGAGCCGGUGAUGGUGUUGAGGACUAAAGAGAUUAAAAAUGGCCGACUCGCUAUGUUAGCGUUCGUCGGAUUUUGCUUUUAAGCUGUGUACACCGGAGAAGACCCGAUUGAGAACUUGUUGGCUCAUGUUGUUGAUCCUGGUCAUUGCAAUGUUUUCUCGGCUUUUGCAACACAUUGAUGUUCACUUGAGAUUCGAUUGCUGGCAUUACAGG